GUAUAAGCAUUAUUACCAAUUUUUAUUUGCUUCAAUCAAAUCUCUUUACUUUUAUUCAUGACUUGGAAAUUUAUGUUAGUUUUAGCAUGGCUAAGUACACUAAUUUGUUUAUCAACUGCUUCGAGUAAGGGAGGAGAAAGUUAUGUUCGCGAUGCAUGCAGUGUGACUCGAUACCAGGACCUCUGCAUGCGUUUGCUAGCAUCAUUCUCGAGCACGGCCAAGAACAACCCUAGCAAGUGGGCCCGGGCCGGGGUCUCGGUGACAAUAAGCCAAGCUAAAGGUGUCACUCAAUCCCUAUUGAAAUUGAAGAAACACAAUUCCUUGAAAGGGAGAGGAAGAGUUGCUCUUUUGGAUUGUGCUGAAUGUUUGCAAGAUGCACUUGACAAUCUUCACAACUCACUUGGUGUGCUAAGGAAACUUAGCAGCCAAACUUUUAAUGACCAAAUGGGAGAUGUGACUACUUGGCUAAGUGCUGCACUUACUGAUGAAGAUACUUGUUUAGAUGGAUUUGAAGACCAAAGGAGGAGAAAACAAGUUAAGUUACUCUUAAAUAGAGUCACAAAUGUGAGUUACAUGACCAGUAAUGCACUUGCUUUGGUUAACAAGCUUGCAACAACUGGACCAGAAUGCUUAGAAAAUUCAUAGAAGAAAUUAGAGAUUUUUCUUACAUCUGGUAAACAAUUACUUCCUUAUAUGUAAUACCAACCAUAUCAAUAUUUUUGGGUCAAUUUUACUUUUUUAUUCCCCUUAAGCCGAGGGUCUAUUGGAAACAGUCUCUCUACCUUCACUAGGUAGGGAUAAGGUCUACGUAUACGCUACCCUUCCUAGACCCCACUUAUGUUAAUGUUGUUGGUCAAUUUUACUUUUUUAUUCACUGAAGAUAUUUUCUCCUCUAAUUGAAAGUGCAUUAUAGUUCAA